ACCAACUAUUUUACUGAUCGUUUGUAAAUAAAUUUAAAAAUAUAAUAUUAUGUUAAAAUAAUUUAUUUAAUCUCAGAAUAUUUUUAUAUAUAGUGUUAGUGACAUCAAGAAAAAUAAGGUCAACAUAAAAAAAGAAGUAUACUAAAUAUUUAAAUAAAACAUGAAGGUAUUUGUAUUAGUAUUGGCUUUGGCUGCAACAGCAUAUGCUGUUGAUACAAUUGCAGUUGUUAAAAUACUUCCUCAUGAGCCAUCAAAUAAAAUACUUGGUAAUUUAAGAUUCAUUCAGAGUAAUCCAACUGGUCCAGUUACAAUAACUGGUAAAAUAACUGGUCUUAAACCAGGCAAACAUGGUUUCCACAUUCAUGAAAAAGGAGAUUUAACAAAUAAUUGUACAAGCACUGGUGGACAUUACAAUCCAAAAGGAGCAACUCAUGGAGCACCAACUGAUGCAACAAGACACGUUGGUGAUCUUGGUAAUAUUGAAGCAAAUGCACAAGGUGAAGCAACAGUAAAUAUUGUUGAUAAAAUAAUAUCAUUAUCUGGUGCUCAAUCAAUUAUUGGACGUGGUGUUGUUGUUCAUGAUAUGGUUGAUGAUCUUGGUAAAGGUGGUCAUGAAUUAUCAAAAACAACUGGUAAUGCUGGUGGACGUCUUGGAUGUGGUGUUAUUGGAAUCUUCAAUUCUUCAGCAAUUAUGGAUUCUUCAGCGAGGGAUAAAAAUUUUAAUUUGGCUAUUUUAAUGGUUGUGCCAUUUGCUGGCAUUUUCAUGGAAAAUUUAUUCUAAAAAAAAAAAAACAAA